AUGUCACCGUUCGGUAAGUUGUUCGGCGCAGGGAAGGGCGGGAAAUCACCGACCCCGCAGGAGGCGAUCCAGCGGCUGAGGGAGACCGAGGGUGUGGCGAGAACAGGAGUUCUUGAGAAGAAGAUCGACCGAGAGCUCAUGACGGCGAAGAAGAACGGCACGAAAACAAACGAGAGAGCUGCUCUACAGGCCUUGAAGAGGAAAAAGCGUUACGAGAAGCAGCUGGAUCAGAUCGAUGGGACGCUGUCGACCAUCGAGUUCCAGCGGGAGGCGUUGGAGAACGCCAACACCAACACAGAAGUGCUCAAGAACAUGGGCUUUGCUUCCGAGGCGCUGAAGGCCGCACACCAACACAUGGAUAUAGACAAAGUAGACGACCUGAUGGCAGACAUCACAGAACAACAGGAAGUGGCUCAAGAAAUCUCGGAUGUCAUUUCCAGACCGAUCGGUUUCGGACAAGAGUUCGACGAGGACGAGCUUCUGGCUGAGCUGGAGGAGCUGGAACAGGAAGAGCUGGACAAGAAUCUCCUGGAAAUCGAAGGAACGGAGGAUCUCCCCAGCGUACCAUCGACAUCACUACCAUCUAAACCAGUCAAGAAGAAGGAGGAAGAAGACGAAGACGACAUGGCGGACCUCGAGGCCUGGGCGGCUAACUAAGCCGGCUUGCCGUGCUAGCUGGCCAGUGCCCCCUCCUCUCUCGUCUCUAUGCUACCCGGCUGCCUCAGACAUCUGGAAGAGAGACAGGGACUCUGGGCUGCUGAGCUGGCUGCUGGCAUGCUGCUCCGUCUUAAAGCCUACAUCCCCAAUAUGUAACCACACCCCGACCCUAAAGUAUGCACCUGUACACAGUCACUGACGUGAAAGGAAAUGAACCCAGGCUUCUCUCUCCGGAUUAAUGUCGCAGUACGAAUGUCUUUGCUCCAGCUGUGCACACGUUUUGUUUCUAAAGGGCGUAGAGCAAACGUCAUGCCCUGACGGCCUGUGGUUACGUAUAUCAAACGUCAGGAGGGUGCAUGUGCAUACUUCAAGGGCGGAGCGUGUGGACGAGGACGAGGCAUGUUUCUGCGAGGAAUGCGAAGAAUCAACAAAAGACGGCAUGACUCAGCCUUUUUUUUUCCUACUUCCUGCGUUGUCAGCUCUCCGCUCUUCUGCGGCGGUGACGACGGCCUCGUCGUCUGCACCGUCUCUGCUCAGUCUCCACGGCUGCGAAAUAAGAUGAAACAUGAAAAAAUGCAGGACUUUCUCCUUGAAACAUCGCCGUCAGGCCAUCGAGGUGACGACACGUUACGCCAGUGGAAACAUCUUGUGACGGGAGCGUGCAGGGUUUGAGCCCUCUGUCAGCCAUAUUGCCUACAAAGUGUCCACGGGCAACUUCUGGGUCACAUUAAGCUCUGAAAUGUCUAAAAUGUUCUCAGACCUUCAAGCAGACGUGGCUGCUGAAAGUCUAGAGAUACCGUUGAGGAAUGACGAGAUGAAAAAAGCUUCUGCUUGAUACCUUGGCUGGGCGGUUCCCAACCUUUCUGGCUUGUUACUCUUUAAAAUAAAUCAAAAAGACCUCAUGAUUCUUUUAUGUCUUUAAAACAGAUCUGUCAGCUCAUUUUCAUGUUAGAGAGGCUCGGCUUCCCUCUGUUAGAGCAACGUUAAUCAUAAUAAUAACUGAUUGAGAUGCUCUUUGAAUGAAAGCUUUAUCCCAGUGAACUUUAAGUAUUUAUACAUGAUAAACACUCGACUCAUACAAAUGGACUAAAGGUGCCGUUCUUUCUAACUAAAUCACUGGAAUACUGUUUUAAGGAACGCAUGAAAUCAGAGAAAGAUCCAGUGAUAUCUAGUCUUUCAAUUUGUCUUUAAUAUUUCUGCCUCCAUCACUCAUAAUCAUUCACAAAACACAUUGGCAACCAUCAAAGACGUCGUCUCGUUUAAGAAGUAUAAAAACCUGCAAAUAAAGGUCUGCAUGACUAAAUACCACGAGAAAUAAUCAGGUAAACUGGGCUGUAAUUAAAGCGAUCCUGACGUCUCAAUACAAAAUUCUAAUGGAUUAGGAAAUAUGAACCAAAGCUGCUCUGUAUUAUGUUUUACAUUGUAACGGUAGCGGAGCUGCAGUAUGGCUGACAGAGGGCACACGGGAAGUUUUGCAUGUGCCUGACACCUCCAGCGCCUUGUCUGUCUGUCUGUCUGUCUGUCUGUCUGUCUGUCUGUCUGUCUGUGGUUUAACGGUGAUGUUCUGUGAGAAAAUCCUGCAUUGGUUGAAUUCAAUGAUUGUGUGUGUGUGUGUGUGUGUGUGUGUGUGUGUGUGUGUGUGUGUGUGUGAGUGAGUGUGUGUUGUUUUUCAGCCUUUCGACACAGUGACCUCUUGUGAAUAUUUAGUCAAACUGCGAUGGCGAGCUGGAACUUUUUUUUUUUUUUUUUUUUUUUUUUUUUUUUUCCAUUUGAGAGACGCUGUAGCUCCACUUCCCUUCUUCUGUCAGCUGACAUGUUCAUGCAUGGAUGGACCGGGGUCGACCCGGAAACAGACGGUCGGGCUGACUCGUCUUUAAAUCAAACAAAGUUAGUAGAUUAGAAACUUUUGGUUCUUUUUUGUAAAACAGAGUCUGUGAGCGGGUCGACCCCCGGCCCUCAUAUUUAAAGAUAAGCUAUUGAAAAGACAUUCACACAUGCCAAUAGAGUUUGUUUUGCUUUCCUCUGUUUACCUCAGAUAUCACUCAUGUUCUGUCCGGCUGUGCAGACACACCGUGUGACCUGCAGUCAGUACAAAGACAGCUGGACGUGUUGCUCUGUGACAGUUUAUCUAAAUAAAAUUGGGAUUUGAUGCAAAUAUCA